UUGUCAGGAUGGGUUUCCUCACCUCAUUGCAAAUGACAGCGAGGUUUGUUGUUAAUAACAAGAAAGGUGGAAUGCAAAAAAACAAUCAAACCCUAUGAAACGGGAGGAAAUCCAGAAUGUAUCAACAAGAACAAGCUUUAAUUGGAUUUAUCUUUCAACUUUCUGAUUAGUUAGGGAGAGUAUACAGCUAACAUUAUAUAACAUUAUAGCUAGAUGGCGAUGUGUUUGUGAUUUGGCUGACUAGCUAGCUGAUAGUUUCAAGUUGUUUUAUAGAGUUAGGUAGUCUAUGUGCUACAAAAACUAAAAUAAAUAGCUAUUUUGUCACUGCCGUGAUUGUACGUUAGUAAACAAGUUAACUAACCAGUACAUUGUUACUGUAGUUAACUAGACAUUUACAGGAUGAAUAGCGUUAGCAGUCGAAAACAACACCAGCUUUUUAAAGCAGUCGAAGUGAGCGGCUGUGUCAAAUACUUCUUGUUUGGAUUUAACAUCAUAUUCUGGUUACUAGGCGCAGCCUUCCUGGGCAUAGGGCUGUGGGCAUGGGCCGAGAAGGGGGUGCUGUCCAACAUGGCGUCCAUAACAGACCUGGGAGGCUUCGACCCUGUGUGGCUGUUCAUCGUAGUGGGAGGAGUCAUGUUCAUCCUGGGAUUCGCUGGUUGCAUUGGGGCGUUACGGGAAAACACCUUGCUGCUCAAAUUUUUCUCAGUGUUCCUGGGUUUGAUCUUCUUCUUGGAGCUGACAGCAGGCAUCCUGGCCUUUGUGUUUAAAGACUGGAUCAAAGACCAGCUCAACUUCUUCAUCAACAACAACGUCAAGGCUUACCGCGACGACAUCGACCUGCAGAACCUCAUAGACUUCACACAGGAAUAUUGGUCGUGCUGUGGAGCCCACGGUCCUAAUGACUGGAACCUGAAUAUCUACUUCAACUGCACUGAGUUUAACCCCAGUAGAGAGCGUUGUGGCGUCCCCUUCUCCUGCUGCGUCAAAGAUCCUGCCGAAGAUGUCCUUAACACACAGUGUGGCUACGACGUGAGACUUCAAGGGGAGUUGGACCAGCAGAAGUACAUCCACACUAAGGGUUGUGUGGGCCAGUUUGAGAGGUGGCUUCAGGACAACCUGAUCAUUGUAGCCGGGGUCUUUGUGGGCAUUGCACUUUUACAGAUAUUUGGGAUCUGCCUGGCUCAGAACCUGGUGAGUGACGUCAAGGCCGUGAAGGCCAACUGGUGACCCCAGGACCUUGGUGGGGGGGGGCGUACUCUGACCUUUGACCCCCAACAUCCAGCUCACCUCCCGCUGAACCGCUGAGAGAUGGAAACACAAACAGCUGUUUACCUCUGGUCCUGCCGGGCUGAGAGUUGGAAACACAAACAGCUGUUUACCUCUGGUCCUGCCGGGCUGAGAGUUGGAAACACAAACAGCUGUUUAUCUCUGGUCCUGCCGGGCUGAGAGUUGGAAACACAAACAGCUGUUUACCUCUGGUCCUGCCGGGCUGAGAGGUGGAAACACAAACAGCUGUUUACCUCUGGUCCUGCCGGGCUGAGAGGUGGAAACACAAACAGCUGUUUACCUCUGGACCUGCCGGGCUCGGGAGCUACCACACAAAACAUUGUUUACUGUCCCACACACACACACACACACACACACACACACACACACACACACACACACACACACACACAACACCGUUUAUUACCACUCUGGUCUGGGGACUUACACACACAAGUACAUAUGGACACACAGGGGACUCAUGCGGAUGUCUAGCUCAACUGAUCUGACUUGAGAAACUGGACUCUCUGUUGUUUACACUUUAAUUCCACUGGGUGUGUUUACCUGCUCCAGGAAGAUGCACCCAUUGGCUGGGG